UGCCCCGGACCUGGUCCUACGGCGUCACCCGCGGCGGGCGGCUCUUCUUCAUCAACGAGGAGAGUGAGAGCACGAGCUGGCUGCACCCCGUCACCGGGCAGGCCCUGCUCACCGGACACCGGCGCCCCACCCCAGAUUUGCCCCCCGGCUGGGAGGAAGCCUACACUUUCGAAGGAGCGAGAUAUUAUAUAAAUCACAAUGAGCGGAAAGUGAGCUGCAGACAUCCCAUCUCGGGCCAGCCCUCCCAGGACAACUGCAUCUUCGUCGUCAAUGAACAGUCAGGCCCCACCAUGAGCGCGGGCGAGAAGAAGGAGCGGCCCAGCAGCCUCCUCAGCGAAGCCUCCAACUACAACCUCAGUUCGGACUACGCCGCCCACCCUGUCAGCCCCGUGGCCAGGUCAUCCCGGUCUUCCAAAAAGGUUCAUAAUUUCGGGAAGAGGUCCAACUCCAUCAAACGGAACCCCAACGCCCCCGUGGUCAGACGAGGUUGGCUCUACAAGCAGGACAGCACGGGGAUGAAGCUGUGGAAGAAACGCUGGUUCGUGCUAUCGGACCUUUGCCUCUUCUACUACAGAGAUGAAAAGGAAGAGGGAGUCUUAGGGAGCAUUCUCCUGCCCAGUUUCCAGAUCGCGAUGCUCUCAGCAGAGGAUCACGUUCACCGCAAAUACGCUUUCAAGGCCGCUCACCCCAACAUGAGGACCUACUAUUUCUGCACGGAUUCGGGCAAGGAGACGGAGUUGUGGAUGGGCGCCAUGCUGGACGCCGCCCUCGUCCAGACGGAGCCCGUCAAGAGAGUGGACAAGGUAACGUCGGAGAACCCCCCUUCCCAGGAGGUCAAUAACGUCCCCAACCACAAGGCCCUAAUCCGGCCGGAAAGCCAGAACCACCAGAAGAACAGAGAGGCCGGCAAGCUGGAAGACCAGAAGGCCCUGGAAGCGGAGAAGUUCGGCUUCCAGAAGGACGGGCGGGAGAAGCCCUUGACGAAGAUCAACAGCGUCAAACUGAACUCCCUGAGCGGGGCGGAGCAGGAGGGCGGCCAGGCCGGGCCCGGGAACCCGGCCGGCGGCGCCCGGCUGGCCAAGGGGCCGGGCCCCGGGGAGGCGGCCCACCUCAUCCAGAGGACCAAUUCCAUGCUGCAGCUGGAGCAGUGGAUCAAGGCCCAGAAGGGGAAAGGCCACGAGGAAGAAGUCCGAGGGCUGGCCUCCUACCAGACGCUCCCGCGGAACAUGCCGAGUCACCGGGCCCAGGUGGCACCCCGUUACCCCGAGGGCUACCGGACCUUGCCCCGCAACAGCCGGCCAAGACCUCUGAGCACGUGCGGGGGGCCGGGGCCGGGGCCGGGGCCGGGGCCGGGAGCGGGGCCGGGGGCGGGGCGGCUCCGGCCCGGCCACGGAGACACCAUGUGGCAACUGUACGAGUGGCAGCAGCGGCAAGCCCUGAGCCGGCAGGGGGGCUGCCCCCCGGCCCCGCCCCGCUCCAUCCCCGCCUCUCCGGCCCACGGCCCCCUGGCCGCGGCCCCCGCCUUCCCCGCCUUCCCCCUGCCCGCCUCCGCCUCCGCCUCCUCCUUCUCCCCGCCGCGGGGCUACCGCCCCCAGGGGGUCUCGCCCGGCCAGAGAGGAGACGCCACCCUGGACCGCCGCCUGCGCCUGCACAACCCCAAGCACGGCUUCGUCCCCGACCGGAGGUCCAUGCCAGCGGGCCUGACUCUGCAGCCCAUCUCUCCCCAGACCCUCCAGACCAAAACGCCAGAGGAGCUGACGCUGCUCCUGAUCCAGCUGAGACGGCAGCAGGCCGAGCUGAGCAGCCUCCGGGAGCACACGCUAACGCAGCUCGUGAAACUCAAGCUCCGGGCCCACAGCCCCAAGAAUGAGAUUUUUUCCCAUCACCUCCAAAGGAGUGCCAUCUCAGUGGAUCACCAGAUGAGAGAGAAUGAACCUUUAAUCGCCAUGGUUCACACUAUGAUUGAAAACUCGGCACAGAGACCCCAACUGUACCAGCAACUGUCUCAGGACGAGGGUCGCGGCGGCCUCCACAACUUCGGACCCGAGGAGGUGGACAUCGAUGCCAAGCUGAGCCGCCUGUGCGAGCAGGACCGCGCUGUGCAGGCCCUGGAGGAGAGACUGGAGCAGCUUCACACGGAGAAAUACACGCUGGAGCAGGCGCUGCUGUCGGCCAGCCAGGAGAUCGAGAUGAACGCCGCCUCCUCCGGGCCGAACGCCGGGCCGGCCGCCCUGCAGACCGUCGUCCUGCAGAGGGAAGACCUACGCAACGGCCUGCUGGGCACCUGCCGGGAGCUGGCCCGGGCCACCGCCGAGCUGGAGCGAGCGUGGCGGGAGUACGACAAGCUGGACUUGGGCGUCACCAUGACCCGGACCCAGAUGCAGGACCAGCUGCAGCGGCUCGGAGAACUCCAGACGGAUUUGGCCGGAAUUCAGCGGGCGCAGAUUCAGAAAGAGCUGUGGCGAAUACAGGACGUCAUGGAAGGUCUGAGCAAGCAUAAGCAGCAGAGAAGCACUGUGGACGCUGGUCUUCCGGGAGCCGCGGCUUCUUCGGCAACGAAGAGCAAGAAUGAGGGUCCCGACUACAGGCUGUACAAGAGCGAGCCCGAGCUGACCACCGUGGCCGAAGUGGACGAGUCGAACGGGGAGGAGAAGGCCGAGCCCACCUCGGACAUCGUCGACUCUUCCGUCGCCAAAGGACGCCACUUUCCCAUCGGCGUGGUGCCCCCGAGAACCAAGUCGCCCGUCCCAGAAUCCUCCACCAUCGCCUCCUACGUCACCUUGCGGAAGAACCAGCUCCCCGGGAACCGGAGAACGGAGCGCCCGCGGAGCUCGUCGGAGCAGCCGAGCGUGUGGGAGGGCGUGCGGCCGCGCAUGACGGUGGAGGAGCAGAUGGAGCGGAUCCAGAGGCACCAGCAGGCCUGUCUGCGGGACCGGAGGAAAGGCGCCGGGCUGGCCGCGCCCGCCAGGCCUCCCGGGCCGGCCGGCGGGACCGCUCCGGAGUCCGCCCCGGGCCCGGCCUGGGCCGCCGACACCCUGCCUCGACUGCACCAGAACCGAUGGAGGGGCUUCGACUUGGGGGCCGCCGACACCGGAGGGCGGGAUGGCGUCGCCGGAGAGAGCCAGCGGAAGCCGGACGGCCCCGGCCCAGCCGAAGAAGAAGCGGUGCGGCCCAGGGAAGCCUGGGCGCCGGACCGUCCGGGGGAUAUCCGCAAAGAGCUGGCGAGAGCCGACCGGCCGCCUCCCCGUGACCCGCUGGCCUCGCCCGAGCCGCCCGGGGCCGACCCAGAAGAAAUCGGGGAGAAGAUGCACGGCGCCCACAGGCUGAACGUGAGCGGGCCGGCCCCGGGCCCCCGCGGAGUGGUGGCCCCCAUGGCCCCGCCGGGCGACACGGAGCCCACCCGCGCCCCGGAGGACCCGCCCGCGUCCUCCACCUGCCAGCCGGGCCCCGAAUACGUGCCCGCCGGGAUCGCCGACCCCGCAGCCCAAGGCCCGCGCCAGUGGCCCGAGCCACCCGUGCCAGCGCAGCCGCAGCUGUCCGAGGGCUCGCACUUCAUGUGUGUGUAGCCGCGACGAGGCCGCGCAGCUCUCCGUCGAUGAGAAAGAAAGCGUCGGGAGAGGAAGACUUGUAGCCACAGCGGCCACGUUUUUCAGCCAUGCCGACGUCCGCGGGUCCCGGGGGCGGGAGAGGGCGUGGCGGCCGGACAGAUGGACGGGAUCGGGGAGCGGACAUCUACGCCGGCCGAUUGGAAGCUCGGAAAUUCAGGGCGUCGUCACCGCCGCCGCUUGGCACCCCCUCCUUCAUCCCUCAACUCCCGAGGCUGGCCACGCCGAGCCCUCCCUCCCGCCCACGUCCCUCCAUCCUCUGAUGAUCCACCGUUUGCCUUCUCUUCCCUCUGGGCCCCCCCCGGCUCCAGCCCAGGUGGUCCCCAAAGCUUCUUUCCUUUUCGUUAGGACCCCCCAACCCCUGCCCGCGAGACUUCGCUCCACUCUUGAUUUAUAAAAAGUGACAGAGAAAGAGAGAUAGGGAUCUACUGGGGCCCGGUUCCGCCGCCGUGGCGUCUCUCCGCCGGCCCCCUCGCCCGCGGCGCCCACCUGGCUUCGAGGUCGCUCCCGUUUCUGGAGAAAGAACGGAUUCCCGGGCGAGGGCGUCGGAAGGACCGGGCUCUGGCUCCAGCGGAACAGCCGUGUACAGCAAUAAGUCGAUUUCCUUUUUCCUCCGUUCCAGUAAUUAGUCUGUGUACAAAUGUAAUUAUGUCCGUCAGCGUGGACGCUACGCGACGGACGCAGGCGAUGUAAGUAUAAAGAGCUUCUUACGACUGUCGAAAGGCAAAUUGUUCAUAUCUCAUUUCUUUUCUAUCACGGUAAAUAAAUGUUGACGUUCUUA